AUGGAUAUCGAAGAGACACCAAUAAACAUAUCACUAGAUAAGAAAAAUAUCUUAACCUCAGAGGAUUAAAGUCUAACAACUUUGCCGUCAAUUACUUUUAAAAGAAAUCCGAAUUCUGAACAGCAGCAGAUCUCUUUUUCAAGAAACUUUUAGUCACAAAAUAAGAAUGCUUCUCCAAUUUUAGCGUACAAAUAUAACUCUCAAGGUGAUAACACUUCUGCUGCUAUAAGUAGCUUCACAAUGCAUAAUAAUAUAAAUAUUCAGUCAGGCUCAACUCUUCAAGUGUCCCCAUCAUCAAGAUCUAUUGCCGGAGGUAUAAAUAGCCGAAUGAAUUUAUACUAGUAAUCUUAGUCCAUGAUCACUCCUUCGAGAUAACAACACCAUACUUUGAAUCAUGAUGCAUCUCUGUCAUCAAUAAAAACCUCAAGAUUCGCUGUCAAGAGAAAAACUACAGCAAUUGGUAGUCAUGAGGACUCAUUAACUAUGAGGAAACUAAACAAGAGCUAGCUUGAAGUAGAAGAAAAUUUGAAAUUAUAACUGCAGUCUGGUGCUGUUACUAAGGAUGAGUCGCUAAAAGAAAAACUAAAGCAUACUUUGUAUAGAGUGGUAAUAAGAGAUAAGGAAUACUGGUAAGAGGUAGAAAAUAAGGGAGGCAUCGAUUAAUUUAGACCUACCUAGCUGUUUUUUGACAAUAAAAUCUAGAUGCUAGGUCUUGCCUAGGAGCUCUAGAAAUCUAGUUAAAGAUCGAGGACUAUAGAAAAGGAAGUUUCACUGUCAAAGCCUAAGAUAGACUCUGUACUAGACAAAAAGGGCAGAAUUAAUAGGGAUAUGUAUGUCUACUACGAGGGUUUAGAAGCAAAAGUAAGAGAAUAAAUAUCUAAUGAUGGUUAAAAUAACCAAUCAAUUAAGGAUAAAAUAGAUGAAAUCACGAAAUCAUUCGUUAGCAAACAGUAUCCGCAAGGAGCAUCUAAGUCAAUGUCUCCAUAUUUGUUAGCUAAUACUUUUAAGGUGGACUUUUAUGAUCUCUAUAGAGGUGUUCAAGAGUAGAAAGAAAAGGCUAAGAAGGAAAAAACUCUAAAGCUUAAGCAGAAACAAUUUGAAGAUGCAAGGAAAAAACAGGACAAAAAGUAGAUGAAGAAAUUGAAGAAGGAAAUAGAUUCUAUUUAGACUGAAUUAAUUGAGGAGGAGUAAAAGCGGCAGAGAUAAGAGGAGCUAAAAUCUAAACUAGCACAGGUAAAAGGAUUGAAGAAAAUGGAUACUCAAUAGGAAAAAAAAGCAUAGCUUUUAUAGUAAUAGCUAGAAGAAGAAGAAAAUAAAAAGCUACAACAAGAAGAAGUCUAGGAGGAAGCUUCUAUGAAAAAAGGCUUAGGUGCUUUACUAGAAAGAAACAGACAAUUAAGGUUGAAGUAAAAAGCUGAUUCGUAGUCGGAGUAAAAUUUUGUUAAUAAAAUUGAUCAGAAAAUUAAACUUCUACUUAAUAAGAAAUCUAAGAGAGUAUCACUAAAUGCAACAGAUCCAUAAAUAGAAGAGGAAGGAUUAGAUUUAGACGAGGAUCUAUUUAAAACAGAAAAACAAAAGCAAAAGGAAGAAAAAGAAAGAUUAAGGGAGGAGAAGAGGGUGCUGAUUAAACAGUUAGAAGACAAAAAAUUAGAUGCUGAUGACAGGAAAAAGAUACAAGAAAAACUAGAUUCCAUGAGUAAAAGUCCUAUAAAACUCAAGAAGGAUAAGGAUGAGGAUAAUGAAGCUGGUGGAGGAGGUUUUAACUUUUACGAUAAAUUAAUCAAUUAAGACUAGAAAAAUACCAAACAUGAUGAUAAGCUUAAUAAAUUGAUAGAAGAGGAGAAUGAUUUUAAAAAGAAUUAACCUACAAAAUUUCUCUCAAAAGAUUAAGAAAUCAAUAACUAUAAGAAUAUGAUGAAGCAUUUCAGUACAAAUAAUAAAAAGUUUAUAGACGCUAUUCGUAAUAAAGUAACUCAAGAAUUAAAGGAUUUUAAGAAAGCACACAACCUACUCCUAAAGUAACUCGCCACCUCAGAGAGGAAAAAAAAAUCCUAAGAUAAUUCUUUAGCAGGACUUAACUCUAUCUUUAAAGAAAGCAAUCAGAAUCAAAGAAUUUUAAAUGAACUUAUUUAAGAAGCAUAGGAGUUUGACACUCGUUUAUAGAAAAUGGGAAUAAAUAUAAGUGUCCAGGAUCUAAUUGGUGAAAAAGAAAGUAAUCAAUCCCCGAUGGCUAAUAUUCAAGAAGACGUAGCUGAGUAUGAAUUGGAUGAUGACAAGCCAAAGAAAAAAGUAAGAGACUUAGAUGAGGAGGAGGCAGAGGAAGAAAAUAAAAAGAAAAAUGUAGAUUAUACAAAGAUUGGCUUAGUGCAUCCAGAUGAUAAAUCUAAGGAUUAUCUCCCAGUAUAAAGCAAACUUGUUCCUUUUUCUGAUAAAUCUUUCAACCCACUUUUAGUGGUCCCAAAAGCUCCUAAUAAAAGGCUUGAUCAAUCUAAAACUUAGGAGUAGCUCAGACUAGAGUAAAUGGAUCUGUUUGAUAUUCUUCAUGAAGUCGGUGUUCUCAAGAAAAAUCCUUUAAAAGAAGGAAGCUCAAAUAGCAGGAUGAUUCAUAAAAGUAUAGUCAUUAGUACUUUAAAAAGUGUUCUCAAAGGCAAGCAACUGAUUAAUAAUGUAAUAUAUGAGAAAGUAGAUGCAUAAAAAGAGUUAGGGUCAGAUUUGAUUAUUCAAUAAUUUCUCUUUGAGAAAAUUAUCAAUGGAUGUCAGGAUAUUGUUCAUAAAAGAAUAAUGAGUGAUACGUAAAAAAGAAUGAACAAGAAUGCAACAUUUAUAUUAAAAAAGCUAGAAAAGCUACUCUGGUAAGAAGCAAGAGAAUAAAAGAUUGACACUGAUAAACUAGAGUAAGAGGUUUAUGAGGAACUUUAGAAUUUGAAAUUAAUGAAAACCAAAAAAGUAGAAGAAUUCAAAUUACAGCCAGAGAUUAUUAAUGAAGGUGGUAAUAAUGAUGAGAGUAUUGGACCUCUAAAUAGUUUCAAAAUUCUUAGAGCUGCAAUAGUAAGAAAGAUUUAAUAGAUGAUUAAGGAGAAGAUGACAAGCAGGACUUCCAUACUUUCCCUGAUAAGUGAAGAAGAAAGAUUCAAUUUAGUAAAGGCAUAAGAUAAAUAAAAAAAUAACUUACUUCCUGCAAUUAAUCUUCAAACACCAUCAGGAGUUAAAAUAGCAUUAUUAGCCUCAAAAGAUCAUUAACUUCAUAACAAAUAAUUCGACCCAAUAUAUUAAUAGCUUAGGUCAAGAAGUGUGAUUAAGUAAAAUAGAAACAAUGAAAAUUUAAAGUCUCUGAAAGACUACACACAGAGCAUUAAAAAUGGUUUUAUAAGCAGCGAUGUGAUGCAAUUUGAUGUAAACAAAUAUUAUGAUACAGUUAUUGAUCUCAGAAUAAAAAAGUCUUUUGCUACAGGUAGAAAUUCUCAAAUGAGAUAGAUUAACAAUUCUGUAAAUAAUUGA